GUUCAGUUUAGUUAGAAAAUCAUAAUUAAAUCUACAGCUGUAAAUCUAAAAAGUGAAUCUAAUGAAUCAAUCUAAAUACUGUAGCAUCCAGGAAUCCUGUGCUUUUAAUGAGUUGAUCCAAACUGAGCUGAACUUCCUGUGAGUGUUUAAGGAUAAAGGGAGGGAAAAGAGUGAAAGAGAAGCAGAGUGAAAGAAAAGGAGGCUUGCAGAUCAGACUUUCAAGAGAGAGCUGGAGGGGCUUUCUACUUUUUAAUAGACGCAAAGAUGUUCAACCUGUUUUCGGCACAAAGAAUUGAGUUUUUAACAUUUUCAAGGUUAUUUUAGCCUAACAUUAAUUAUAACUGCUUCAUUCUGAACAAAAGAGCUUUGAAUUCAACACUUUUGUUUUGUUGGUGGUAUUUUUUAUUUUUUUAACUUCACUUUAUACAUGUACAGAUUCUCCCUGAAACCAUGGAGACGACCAGGACAGAGGGGUCAUCGAAGGUUAACCUCACGACAACAUCAGCUCCACCCCUAACAACCAAUACCUCUGCACCAUACCCUGAACCUUAUUUGCACAUACUGGCCCACCUCGAUGAAGGCCUCUAUAAUGACUUUUACAGCCUGUGGAUUGCUCUUGUUGUCAUUAACACCCUCAUCUUUAUGGUAGGAAUGGCCCUCAACAGCUUAGCUUUGUACAUCUUCUGCUUCCGCACCAAGCCGAAGACUACGUCAGUCAUCUACACCAUUAACCUUGCAGUGACAGACCUGCUGGUAAACCUUUCCCUGCCCACUCGAAUCAUUUUGUAUUACAGUGGGGGAAAGUGCAUCAGCUGUUCAUACAUGCACAUAUUCAGCUACUUUGUCAACAUGUACUGCAGUAUCCUCUUCCUCACCAGCAUCUGUGUAGAUCGCUACCUGGCCAUCGUGCAGGCGGAGGCCUCACGGAGAUGGCGGCACCCCAACGUGGCCAAAGUGGUGAGCGUCUGCAUCUGGCUGUUUGCCAUUAUCGUGACCUACUCGUUUCUCUCGACGGCCUUCAAGCAUUCGGCCUGCUGCCUUUCCAAACUCUUUGUGCUUACCGUAUUUGAGUUCUUCCUGCCAAUGGUGAUUAUUGUAGUGUUUACUAUUAGAAUCGUGAGUGCUCUUUCCAGCCCGAGUCUUAUGCGGCAGAGCCGCGACAGACGCAUGAAAGCCGUGCAUCUGCUAUCAACUGUGCUGGUGAUCUUCACCGUCUGUUUCACACCAUUUCACGUCCGUCAAGUUCUGGUGUACUUUAAACCUGAUCUGCCCCAUCACGUGAUUGUGUACCACGUGACCGUCACCCUCAGCAGCCUGAACAGUUGCUUGGAUCCAGUGGUGUACUGUUUUGUCACUACUAACUUUCAGUCUACUAUGAGGAGUUUUUUCAGGAAGACAGAGAGAGAACAAACAAGCGGUGAAGUUAUCAGCAUGCAGAAAAGCUCCAAGGGUUCAGAAUCAGGGACUGCUAUAGUUAAUAGUAUGAUAAUGAUAAACCUAAGCCCUGACCAGCAAGGAGGCCAACCGGCAUAAAGGACUAGCCCACAGAAGAGUAUUUAAAGGGUUGCCAUUACUGUGUUUUAUUAAGCCAAACCCACUGGUAUAGAUGAACUUUUAGACAGAUCAUUGCAUAUUUUCUUCAUUGUUGAGAUUUUGAGCACAUUUCAAUUUAAAGUAUUACGUAGGCUAUGGCUCCGUCUGAAAGCCCUUAAAUGCUGCCUUCGGAGGCAGCAUUCCAAGGCAUGAAGGCAUCACGGCACCUCUGAAUUCAUUGUUUGGUUUAAUUUCUGUCUCCUGAGAUACUUUCAGCAUAUUUUCCCUCAAUUCUAUGUGUGUGUGUGCGUGUGGAAUAGAAAUUAGUUUUGUAGUUUUCAAAUAUGCAAUUAUACUCUAAAAAAAAUUUUUUAACCCAGCAUUGGGUCAUAAAGGGACGAGCCCAGCCAUUGUUCGUUCCUUUUUGACUCAACGCUGGGUUGAGAAUAACCCAGCAUUUUUUUAGUGUAGUUAUCACAAAAGCGGCCUCUGUUUAUAUUUCAAACAGAAUUCCAUUACGCUGCCUGUGAAGUCUGUCCGAAUGCGUUUCCCAGAGCUUUCCCGAAGUCAGCUGCCUAAGCUUUCGGACGCAGCUGGGUCUCAACCCUGUUCCUGGAGGGCACCUGUCCUGCAGAUUCCAGUUCCAACCCUAAUUAAACACACCUGAACCUGCUAAUCAGGUUGUUCAGGGCUACCUAAAAAUUAAAAGCAGGUGUGUUGGAGUAAGGUUAAAACUAAAAUAUACAGGUCAAGUGCCCUCCAGGAACAAUGUUGGAGACCCAUAGUGUAGACAUAUGCAACAAUUUCUAAAUAAACUGCAACAGAUCUACAAUGCUUAAAAGGGGUCAUAGUGUAAAAAUCUGACUUUUUCCAUGUUUAAGUGCUAUAAUAGGCUUUAUGCCCAGCUGCACUACUUCCUGAACUUCAGCCAGCUCCUUGUUUCCUGUCUGCCAUUAUUGGACAAACUGAUUAAUCCAGGUGUGUCUGAUUAUUGUUGUUGUGACUACUGAGGUCAGGCACACCUGGAUUAAUCAGUUUGUUUGUGACUACUGAGGUCAGGCACACCUGGAUUAAUUAGUUUGUCCAAUAAUGGCAGACAGGAAACAAGGAGCUGGCUGAAGUUCAGGAAGUAGUGCAGCUGGGCAUAAAGCCUAUUGAGUCCCCAGUGUUUCUAUUUUUUCUAGAGAAAAAAUUAUUGAUAGCACAAUUGAGUUUCAAUUGCAACAAACCACCAUCAAUGCGAUCAGUGUUUGCAUUUCAUCUGCUCAUUUGCAUUUUAAAUGACACACCCAAAAACAGCACAUUUUGGCUCUGACCUAAUGGGAAUUUUAACAUGAUAUAAUAAAUUAUCUGUGGGGUAUUUUAGGCCAAAACCUCACUUACGCACUCUGGGGAAACCAAAUAUUUAUUUUACAUCUUAAAAAAAUGUCAUAAUAUGACCCCUUUAAAGCAGCACUGUCUGCAGAGAGACUAAUUGCUACUGUUUGCCAAUAAUAUCUGUUUAUAAAGUAAAAAAGUAUUUUUAUUGUGUUUAGAAAUGUUACAUAAUGUUACAAACUAGAUUUGCAUCUUCUGUAGGAAAAAAAACAUUGUUUGUAUUUGUUUUCCAAUUUUACAUUUCUUAUAAAGUAUAACAAAAAAGGCUGAAAUGAUUAUUUAACUAAAACAAAAUCUGAAGGGUAUUAAGCCAGUCAGCUGAAAUACUGUAACCGUUAAAAUGUUACAAAUAAACUAGGUUUAGGAGUUUAUGGCAACCAAACCCUAACAAAAAUGCUUAAGGCAUACAAAUAAAGUAUCAGAAACUGUAUAAAUACUGGUGUACAAAACAAUACUGCACUUUAAAAAUAAACUUUACAAUAACGCUUAAGUGGGUAUAAAAGUAUAAGAAUUGUGAAAUGUUAUCACAAACUGCUUUGUUGUGGUCCUAAUAAGAUACUAUAAGUUACUUAUAAAAUGUGACCUUAAGAUAUCAAUUAUGUUGUUAUGCCUUCCAUUACUAAUCACUAAACAUGAUACAAGUAAUGACUUCAUGACCUGGUUUAGGGCUGCCAAGAGAUUAAUCGCAAUUAAUCGCAUACAAAAAAGUCUGUUUUGCAUUAUGUGUGUGAACUGUGUGCAAUUAUGUUGUAUAUACAAAUACACAUACAUGCACGUUUGUAUUAAAUAAAUAUUUGUGUGUGUUUAUAAAUAUAAAUAAAUAAAUAUAUAUAUUAUAUAUUA